GUGGGUGGGUGCUCGCUUUUAUAUUUUAUAUUUUACAGACAAUGUCCCUUUAAAAAGCCCCACGUCUGGAAAGCCCAUUAGAUGUGCAUAUAAAAUUUCCCCCGUGAUUAAUAGUUGAUGAAGCAGGGUUGUUUGGAGGGUACUACCAACAUGUGGCCGGCAGGGCUCCUCCUCUGCAAUCUCACGUUACACCCCAUAAACUUGCCACUCUUUCCCACCUAUAUGUUUAAAAAGGAGGAGGGCUCACUUGUCAAGAAAGCCUUAGAAGAGUUGUGAAAACAGCCAGCCCGAGGAGGGGAGUCCUGCAGUUGCGGAUGCAGCUCUCCUGUCGAGCCACAGGCCAACUCAGAUCAGCCAAGGGGGGGGAGAGGGUGUGUGUGCGAGAGCAAGGCAUUGGGGGAAAGUGUGAGAGGACCAGAGGCUCCAAAGGACGUCACGCACUCUCCCAGAGAGAGAGAGGGAAACACGCCGCCACAGGAAGGUGUCUGUCCUCACGCGUUCUGGACUCUGGACGAGUCGGAGGCCUCUGACAGGAGUGAGUAUUUCCAAGUAUUGCAGCGGUGGAGACGAAGAUGUGCUGAAGUGGAUGAUUCUCCAAAGAGACAAAGAUACAGAUUUGCAGUUGUGACUCACUUUCUGAGACGAGGGUUCAAAUUCCUCGAGAAGGACAAGACUUGUGUUAAGACGUAUCUGAAGAGUGUGAGAAGAGUUUCUGCAUCACCAUGGAUCAGCCGGCCAGCAGCUGCAUGCGGAGCGCCCACCCCGGCAGUCCCAUCUGGGGCUGCAUGAGGAACCCUCAUGCAGGGGUCCCGGGGGCCAACCUGCAGUCGCCCUACCAGCAGGGACCUUUCUCCCUGCACCAGAAGCCUGACUUCCUGGCCUACACGGACUUCUCCAGCACCUGCCUGGUGCCGACCGCGCCGCACGCAGCCUACCCCCGCGACGACAGACUGUACCAGGAGAGCCAGGGCGGCUACCAGAGAGCCGAGUGGCAGUUCAACCCCUGCGAGACGCGGUGAGAGGCCCGAGGCCUGCCCGCUGCUCGCCGCCCCGCCGCAGUGGUGGGCGGCGGCGGCGGCGGAGGGCCCGACCUGGACAGUGUGGGGGGAGAGAGGCUGCCAGGUGCUGUGCCCGGGUGCCUGGAGGGAGAGUACUCACCCCAGAGUGUGGCGUCGGCCGACUCCGACAAGAAGAGCUCCAAUAAGAGGAAGAGAGAUGUCACAGAUAUCCAGGAGUCCGGUUUUAAGGUGGACUCCACCUGCAAGGCCCGGAAAGAGCGCACGGCGUUCACCAAGGAGCAGCUGAGAGAGCUGGAGGCCGAGUUCACCCACCACAACUACCUGACCAGGCUGCGCCGCUACGAGAUCGCCGUCAACCUGGACCUCACAGAGAGACAGGUGAAAGUGUGGUUCCAGAACAGGAGGAUGAAGUGGAAGAGGGUGAAGGGGGGGCAGUCGGCUUCUCCCAACGACGCGGAGAACGAUGACAUCGACUCGGCGGCCUCGCCCAGCUCUGAGUGAACGAGGGGGGGAGGAACCAGAGGAGACGCUAAUCGACCCGCAGAGAGAGAGAGAGAGAGAGAGCGACUGGGGAUCGAAGGGACACUAGCGCAGCACAAUGCGACGUUUUCAGUGGAAACGCUGCAACAAUCAAACAAUCCCAGAGACUUUUCAUGUUGUUUUUAUUCCCAGGAUGAAAUCACUGAGCAUCUCCUUCGCUGUCAUUUGUUGUAAAUAGUUGAUUUCUGUGCAUAACGAGGUGACUCUCGAUGAUACGUGGUCAUUGUAGAUCAGUGACAGAGUCCUGCGGUCUGAUAACUCACGGUAUCAGACGCUGACGUGAUUGUGUUUGAGGGCAUCCCCUUCGGUUCCAGUUUUGUAAUCAUGGCCUUUGACGCUUGACUACAACCACCUGGGAAAACUCAGACUGCACACGUGCUGCCAAGCCAUGAGUGCCUCCCACUCUGGGGUUUUUAUUUUGUGUAUUUUGUUAGUUUCCUUCCCUAGAAUAUAGUUUUUUCCUGUCAAGCAAUUUUUUUACUCUUCCUUUUUUAUACAUUUUGAAUGUUAUUGAUAAAACACAGAUGUUGCCUGUUUCUGCAAAUAGAAUAAAUCAUCUGCUGCAAAAAACGGGGGAAAUAUCCUGAUAAUUUCUUCCACACGCAACGACGGCGUUACGAUUUGGAAAGUCGCUCGACGUGUUCUCUUGGCCGACGGCUUCAUCACGUGUCGACCGUUUGGUCCCGAUAUUAUCUGACCACACUUCCUGAGACUUGAGAGCAAAAUAACCGAGGAGCAGUUUGCUUCCAUUUUAGCUUUUGAUGUCGACGUUGAAGGUAAUCCAUCGUGAGUGCGUGAACGUGCGUGGCCCUUUACGCACACGCUAAAGCGCUUUAGCCGAGUUCCACAGAGAUGAUGUGGUGAUAAAGCAGCUCCAGAGUUCUGCUCAUUGAUAUUUUCUCGAGCUGGAAAAGCAGCAGCUCAACAAUCAGACGUUUGUAGUCGUGAUUAAUAUCGACCUUCCUGUGGCGGAGGCAGAACAAUGACCAUGAGAUCGGGGACAUGCGUGGAUGCAGAUGAUGCUGUAAGAUGACUUAAAGUGAAUUCCACCACAUAAAUGUUGUCAUCCACCUGUGUCUCUAACCCCAACUGAGUUGUCUGCUGGAUGUUCAAACAGGAAACGGUGUUGUUAGCACAUUAACAAUUUGACGAUGUGUUUACGGCUUGUUUCUCUAUAACCAA